AUGACACUGCAGCAGCCGCAGCGGCAGCCGCAGCAGCAGCCGCAGCAGCAGCAGCAGCAGCAGCAGCGGCCGCAGCAGCAGCGGCCGCAGCAGCGACAGCCGCAGCAGCGGCCGCAGCAGCGACAGCCGCAGCAGCAGCAGCCGCAGCAGCAGCAGCCACAGCAGCAGCAGCAGCAGCAGCCGCAGCAGCAGCAGCCGCAGCAGCAGCCGCAACAGCAGCCGCAACAGCAGCAGCAGCGUUGUACAAACUGCAUUCUGUAA